AUGCUGUCAUCCGACAGUCAAUCUUCGGAAAGAUACAUCUUCGGUAGAAGCGACGAGUAUUACGUGACUCCUCAGCUGGGUGCAGACGCAUUCCAAAGCUUGAAAGCUUUCAUAGACAGCCUCAAGCCGAUACCUUUGGAGGAUCUUGAAGAAGAUGACAGGAAGUGUCAGCUUUGCUCCAAGCGCUACGGAGAGCCUUCAGGUCCGGGAAACAAUGACUCGGAAUUGCCAGUCAGACUGCACUGCAACCAUGUCUUUGGCGAAAAAUGUCUGGACAAAAUGUUUUUAGACAUUUCCGUUGUUGAAUUACCUCUUCGGCCGUUAUCAUUUGGCCCAGGUUCAAGAGGUCAUGAGCUGCUUGGCAUACUGCGCGCAUAUGCCCAAGAUGAAAAAAGAUAUCGGGAUUAUUUUGAGGUCUUUCGACAAAUGCUGGAGAGUCUAUGCAAUGCAGACCUGGCAAAGAAUCUCUUCGGAUGGCACUGGGGUACAGUUCUGAAGGAAAUAUUCUUUUACUUCACAACCGUCCCCCUUUCGAAGAUCCAAUUCAUGGAGAACGCUGUAUUGAUAAACAUGGGGACUCGUUACCGGGAGGACUCACCGCCUACUCCGAUCUCGGGUCCAAUGUCGCCCUCUCCGUCAGUUCUACUUGGAGGAGAUGAGUCAAAGUCAGUGCCAACCCCCAAGACAUUGUUUGAAUCGACGUCUCAAGAAAAUGAUUGGUCUGGAGAAGACCCAAAGAUUGCCAUUUUCGAUGAUAUGGAACUUGAGGACAGGGCUUCUGAAGAAGGUGUUGUUUUGAAGCAAAAAUUUAUCCGCGUGCUUGCCACUGAAUUGGCGAGUAUCUACUCGAAUUUUGGUAAUGAGGUCGUCACCCUUGAGUGUUUCAGUCCAGAACAUCACACCGACAAGCUGCUCCAUAUACCCCCCCAUGUCUACCUCGAUUACGACAAACACACUUUGAAACAGUCUUCAUGGGAGGUAAACCCGCUUGAUUAUUCGCUGAUGAGCGUCAGCUCCAGCUCCAGCUCGAGCAGCAGUGAGAUUAGUCACGCUAGUACAGAAACCGAAGUGCUCGGUAGAAUAUUCCCAGUCAUCAUCCGCAGAUUGGUGGCCUGCUCAUGCUGCAAAGACACAAGGGAGGAGUCUGGAGAAUUGCCAGGUCAGGAAAAGGUUCGACCGCCUCGCAAGCUUUGGUGGAGAGACGCCAGCGGUACACCGAAUCGUUGCCCUGUUUGUGAUAUGAUGUUGUAUGACGAGUAUUGUACCGGGGAAAGCGAACGCAUGCCGAUAAACGGUAUGUCUGAGAGUGGUUCGAGCGUGGAAGAUGGCAAUGGAGAUGACGAGAGCGACGAUGAGGGAGAUGACACUAUCGUUGACAUGAGCUAUCCAUGA